GUGUUUGGGUGCUUGGUCUAUGUUGGCACACCUGCAGUAGGAAGGACUAAGUUUGAUGCUAGAGCCAGGCAGUGUAUUCUGUUAGGUAUCCCUUCAGUCAUUAAAGAUUAAAAAUUACUUUAUCUUGCUACUUAUCAGGUUUUUGUAUCCCAUGAUGUAGUCUUCUAUGAUUUAUCCUUUCAGACAUGAAGAGAACUCACCUGAGGUGGAUUUCUCUGAAGUAAAACCUUCGUCUAUUCAUUCAGUACAUGAUCCUUCCCCACCUCCAUCAGUUCUUAUUCCUCACUCCUCUUCUCCGCCCUCUACUUCAAUUCCUCCCCCUCUUGAUUCCUCUAGUUCUAUUCAACUAUUCCUUAUUCCUUUAGUUCUACUCGUGUCUCCCCUUCACUAGUUGACUCAGCCUAUGCUGAUGAGGGGAUGUCAUAGCUGAAUUGGAGCCAGAACUAGAACCCCAGCAAGAGUAUGAUCCUCCAGAAAGACCAAAGAGAAAAUAUCAAUUACCUAAGAAGCUUCAGGACUGUGAUAUUGACCCUGUACUGCAAUUUGGAGCCUUUGUCAAGGCUGCAGCAGCCAUAAGGCAUCCUAUGGUUUUUAAUGUGGAUCAUCUAAAUACAGCUGACAGAUUGUAUACUCUGAGUGUCAUUUCAAUUCAGGAACCACGUACAUUUGCCGAGGCUAUGAAAUCUGAACACUGUGAUAGAUAUGUCAAAGAGGAACUUGGGGCACUGGAAGAAAACCAAACCUCGGAUAUUGUUCCCUUACCAGCAAACAAGAGGGUUGUGAAGAAUAAGUGGGUGUUUAAGAUAAAACUUAAACCAUAUGGUUCAUUGGAAAGGUGCAAGUCCAGGUUAGUUGCUAAAGGCUAUACACAAGUUUAUGUGAUUGAUUUUUUGGACACUUUCUCUCCAGUGUCCAAAAUCAAUCCAGUCAAAGCACUCUUGGCUAUAGCAGCUGUGAAGAACUGAACUCUAGAACAGAUGGAUGUCUCAAACGCCUUCUUACAUGGAUAUUUAGAUGAAGAGGUGUAUAUGGAAAUACCACCAUGUCUGGAAAUUGGGGAUCAUGGCUCAUAAAGAAUGUGCUAUAAAUAUAGGGGGCCUAGGAAAUAAUUAAGGAUUUGUUUGAGUUUUGAUAUUUUGACCCAAUUUGUUGGCUAAUUAAGUUUAGGGCUUCAGAUGUUAUUUUUGGAGAUUUUAGGAAUUAUUGGCCUAUUCGGGUUGAGGAUUAUUCUGUAGGUAGUAUAAGGGAAUUAUUUCGGUUUAUUUCUGUAAACCGGGAACCAUUUUCAUUAAAUAUAUUAUUAUCAGAAGAUUUACCCUAAACCUAAAAACUAAUCACUCUCCCUCUCUCCCAUGCCCCGUUCUUCCCUCCCUCUCUAGAGAGCUGUGGCUCACCUCCUUCUUCCUCACCUCCCUAUUCUGAUCAUCUCUACUUCCCAAAUUCUUUUCCCAACUCCACCCUUAAAUGACCCCAAAUCAAGGCUCCGGCGGCGGCGGUCGUGACGGCGGUUAUGGCAGCGGCGACGCACGAGGCAGCGGCGAGCAAGGGUCGUUAGGCAAAGGUGGCAGAGGCCAGAGACCCAUGGCGGGUCCUGGUUUGGGCUCGAGUGGGCCCAACUCUUCUCCGGGCCUCCUUACUAAUCCGACGACAGAAGAGAUCGCAGCGCUUCGCGACAAGGCGAAGAUGUCGGGCUACGACUCUGUAGGGCUGGGGGCCGACCAAGGCCCGGUGGGCUUUGGGCCCAAACAGGGAGGAGUGGCAGGCUAGAGGAGAGGUAAUGGGGCCAAUAGGGGUGAGGACCGGUCUGGGCCCGCGAGAUGGAUGAGUUCAGCACUUCAGCUUGAUGGGCCAGGAACAAGCUUAGGCAGAGUUUAAGUCUAUGAAGGGGCCGCUGGGCCUGACGAGCAAGCCCAUUGGAGUGGCGGGCCGGUUGACAUGGGUUGGAACAACCCAGAAUGAAUCAAAAUCGGUCAAACCAGUUUCGGUCGACCCGGGUUCGAUCCGGGUGAACAUGAAUCAAUCCGGUCAGGGUUCAACCACCGUGACAGGGGCAUAGGGGUUGAGGCAAGACAGUUCCAAUCCUGGGUAUGUGGAGGAGCAAGCGGCGGGGAGACUUACCCACCGUGUACAAAGCCGACGGCCGAUGGAGGACAGGCGGGUCGACUGUGGGAGGUCGGCCAAGGGCCGAGAGCUGGUCUGGGAACUUCUACAAGGCGGAGGGUCGUUGGACCAUUCUACCGCUGCACAACCAUGAUCAUCAGCACCUUGACAACUAGAGAAGCCGGUAUGGCAGCUUCGAAGACGACCGGUAUGGAGGAAAUUACUAUACUCAAGAUGGUUAUGGUGAACCAAUUUUUAGAGCUAAACCCCCAACGAUUGAAUUUCCUAAGUUUAAUGGGCAAGAGGAGGCGGGGUUGUGUAUUUAUGUUGUUGACGGGUGGUUCAAGAACCACGCCACUUAGGAGGAUACAAAGGUGCAUCUGACUUCUUUCUAUCUAGAGGGAGACACAUUAGAGUGGUGGGAGUGGAUCAAGAGAUCAUAUGCUGAGGCAUGUAUGGAGAUUUCUUGGGAGCGCUUUAAGGAGGAGUUGCGGUUCUAGUUCGGUCGAUCAGAGGGCUGGACACCCGAGCAGCUAGCCAAGUUGAAGCAAACAGGCACUGUGGCUGACUACAUGUACGAAUUUCUGAAGCUAGGCAACAUGUGCAAGGGCAUUCUCGAGGAGACCAUGGUGGGGACUUUGUAUGGUAGGUUUGAAGGAUGAGAUCGCCGCUGCAAUUAAGGUUUUUGAGCCAGAGUCACUCAAGGUGGCUUUUAGACUGGCGAGUAGCAAGAAAGAGGAGUUGGCUAGUUGGAUGAGUGCGAUAGGGCGCUAGCAGAAGAUAGGAGGAGGCACGGGUGGGGUUAGUACACCGGUGGCGGUGGCAGGCCCUGCGCCACCUAAGGGUGGGCAUCGGUCGAUUCGGUCCAAGACCAGACCAAACUAUCCUCGGACCGGACCAAUCUUUUUCCUAAAUCAACGACCAAAAUCGAAUCGUUAUUACUUCGAUUCGGUCUGGAUCAACCCAUAUAUGGCUCAAUUCGAUCAGGACCAUCCAAUUGGACCGACUAAUCUUUCAUUCGAAUAAAAUCACUCUUAAAGG